AUGCAGAGUAUGUUAAUGCCAUUCCUCCUGUUCAUUGAGGCGUUCUUUCCGAUUGUGAUCAACUCUACAGUCCUUCGUCUGAGAGAAACAGAGGAAUGUCCUACAAACGAAACAUCAUGGAUGAAAAGCUCAGCAGUCUACGAAUGCCCUUAUCCCCAAGAGUAUCACUGUCUUCCUACUCUCUUUCUGAACGGGUCUGUGCAAGGCUGUCUUAACGUUACAGAAAUUAACCCAGGUUUCUGUACGAUCUACAACCCGUUUUUUGAGACUGCUCGCACCGAUGAUAAAAAUCCAUCCUGUCAGAAAAUCAAUCCUGUCGAAAAAUGUUACCUGGGCAACCCCAACUGUCCAAACAUUACCAGGUAAAUGUUGUAUUUGAUCACACUCACCGUAAAAAGGACUUAUAUAUACUGAGUUUUAUUGUUUGCUGACAGCACUCCUGGGAAAACCACAGGU